AUGUUUAGUUUGGAAAAUAAAUCUGUGAUUGUUACCGGAGGUGCAAAUGGCAUCGGUGCAGUCAUUGUAAAGGAAUUUCUUAAGGAAAAUCCAAAGCAUGUUGCUAUUUUGGACUUAGAUGAAGAUUCGGGAAAAAGACUCGAAAACAACCUUGUAACAAAAUACAGUGAAGAAAAAGUAAAGUUCUAUAAAUGUGAUGUGACAAAUGAUGAUCAACUGAUUGGUAUAUUCCAUGAAGUUGUAAAAAAGUUUGGAGCCAUUGACGUUGUUGUGAAUAACGCUGAUACAGUUCUUGAAACAAUGGAUACAUACAAAAAAGAAAUUGCCAUUAAUUAUACUGCAGUAGUGACGUCGACAUUAAAAGCCUUGCAACUAAUGCGAGUCGAUCAAGGAGGGAAAGGAGGAACAAUUAUUAAUAUUUCGUCCCUUUGUGCUCUAAUGCAAAGAUCUCCAUUUUUAUUUGUAUAUGCGUCGACUAAAAGCGCAGUACUUCAUUUUAGUAACUGUAUUGGGAAUGAAAAAUAUUUUAACCACACCAAUGUUCGUGUAUUGACAAUGUGUUUAGGAUACACGGAUACUGAUACAUUAAUCAAGUAUAAUACAUUCGAUGAUAUUAUAGAUGAAGUAUUGAGUACCACCAUAGAGACGUUAAAAAAUAACAAGUCACAAUCGGCAGAAACAGUUGCACAAGGAAUUGUACAAGCAUACAAGGAAGGCAAAAGUGGAAGUACAUGGGUAAUUGACAAGGAUGAAAUCUCUGACGUUACCGACAAUAUCCAUCAAGCCUACGAAAUUAUGUUCAAAUAUUAAAAAUAUGUAAUUAUUGAUUGCAUAAAAUCAAUAUGUGUAUAAGUAAAUCACCGAAAUAUAUAUGUAUGCGUA